UGUUGCAGAAUCUGAAAUCUCUCUCUCACUCUGUGAAAAUUUUUUGGGGAUGAAAAUGAUUCACUGGAAAGAGGAUAGUGUGAUGGACAGAAUGAAGCGAUAUUCAAACACUCUUAUCAUAGACAAAGUUGAAGAAUGGGGAGGAUACAAAGGAAUCCGAAUCCUUCAUCACUCCAUAGCAUCGGCAUGCCUGGAAGAGUUGGAGAGAAGCUUCUUUUUAAAAGUAAGUGAUAUCACUAUGGAGAUUCUUCACUGUGAUCUGUUCUUCGAUGUUGGAGUUGCCAAACACAGAGACUCAAUUCAAAAAAUGUUGAUUAAAAGGAAGCGAAAAAAAGAUGGAGUAGAGAGAGAACUAUUUUCUCCCCUCAUAGAUAAAAUCCACACCAAGGAAGGGAGACAAAUUGUCCAAAAAAUCUUUGAGAAAGCAUCAUCCAGGUUUGUGACAAGUGCGUCUAUUCCUAGGGCCCUGGCAAGAUAUUUGUACAUCAAAGAAAGUGACUUCCCAGAGGCUGUGAAAUGGGCCGAAAAAGCCAAGACCAUUAAAGAAAACAAAUGCACAUUGGAUACAAUUGGGCAGAUUCACAAAAGCAAUUUAAUAUCUAAAAACAACAGAGAAAAGCAGGAGACAUCACACAAUCCAGAAGAUUUAAACACAAACAUUAAAAUAGCAGAUAAUGCUAUCAGAGCGUUUAAAAAGGCUCAAGAGCUGGCAAAUACAGAGGAUGAACCUGAGGAGGAGGUUGCUGAUGAUGCAUCCGAUGACUAUCAAGGAAAGUCAUUAGUCUAUGGCUACGUGGGUGUGCUGGAAAUUGCUUUUCUGGUAUUUGAGAUUUUGAGCAGAUUGCCGUUCUUUGAGGGAAAUGUUCCGAUGAGGAAGAAGUACUUCCAGAGUUUCCUUCAAAAAAAUAUCCCAAUCACCAAUGUGCAUAAAGAAGAGAAUGAGAUUAACAACAGAUAUGUGGAUAUCAUUAAAGAGCAUGAACCGUUUAUCCUCAGUUUGAAAACUGAAGUAAAAGAAACAUUUGACCUUGUUAACAGUUACUUCACGUAUACAAAAGGGAACAAUUCAGAAUAUGAUUUAAAGAAUCGUCGGGCCGUCUAUGGUCAAUUUAAAAAGUACGUAGGUCAUUUUUGCACUGCACCAGAGGAAAUGAAAAAAGAACGACAAAACAAUCCUAAUCUCCAUUUGGAAAUCGACAUUCACGAAAAAAAGUUGUUUCUUGAAGGGAAACAAGCAGAUACAUUUGCUGGGAUUCUUCAGCAUUUGGACAGACCUGCCGAAGAGAUUGAGUGGAUCACAGAAUGCUAUGCAUUCUUGCAACAACAACAACAAUUCAUCAACAAAAAACAAAAGACGAAGGAAACAAUCAAUUUCAUUUUGUCAAACAUAGUUCUUUACCUUUUGAAACCAAAAUCUAAACAUGUCAAGAAUUACAGCCAACUCUCUGAUCUACUUUUGAAAACACUGCAAGAAGUAGGACUAAGGUAUUGUCAGCUCAACUUUACCCACCCCUACCCACGGGAAAAGCGCAUGCACGACCUUUUGGCCAUCGGACCACAGUUUAUGGUCAUCGGGGACAUCCGAUCCCCAUACACAUGUGGUGGAAAGACGUUCGUUAC